UCAUAUAUUUUGAAAAUUUUUGUUUCGUCUGCUUGCCGUGUUGUGAUUUGUUUACAAUAAUGUUGGUUAACAUGCUUAAAACUGAUAAUGCUUUUUUUCUUUCUUGAUCAAAUAAUAUAGAAAUAUUUAAUUGAUUUAAUAUGAAUGUUAAUUAAUUAAAAUGACGAAAGAGAGAAAAAAAUGCUUGAGCCCUUAUGUGAAUUUGAAAAACAAUUUAUUAAAUGAAAUUGAAAAAUUAAAAUUAGAUAAAAUUCUUCUGGAUGACAUACCUUCUAAGUGGGAGAAACAUGGAGAUUUAGUUCUUCUUCCGGCAUCAAGUUUUCAAAACAAACUGUGGUCUCUUCUUGGAGGACGAUUAUGGGAUAUUGUUUCAGAAGCCUUAAAAUGUCAAAGAGUUGCCAGAAAAUACACUAUAACUAACGAUAAUUUUAGAAGCCCACAGGUAGAAAUUUUAAAGGGCUGUGAUGGUUGGGUAUUGCACAUUGAUAAUAAAAUUAAAUAUACAUAUGACAUUACUAAGUGCAUGUUUAGUGCAGGGAACAUUUCAGAAAAACUUCGAAUUGCUCAACUUUCAUGCAAAGGAGAAACAGUUGUAGAUUUAUAUGCUGGUAUAGGUUAUUUUACUUUACCAUUCCUUGUUCAUGCCAAAGCAUCACUAGUGCAUGCAUGUGAAUGGAAUCCUCAUGCUGUUGAAGCACUUUCAAAGAAUUUACGAUUAAAUGGAGUAAAAGACCAAUGCAUUAUUCAUUAUGGUGAUAACAGAGAGGUUUGUCCAAUUAACGUAGCAGAUCGAGUUAAUCUUGGGCUGAUUCCUUCUUCAGAAAGAGGAUGGGAAACUGCUUGCAAAGCAUUAAAAGUGAGUGGUGGCAUUUUACACGUGCAUGGAAAUGUCACGUCUAAUUUACAUCCUACUCAAUACGAUGCAGGAGAGAAAAUUUCAGGUCCUCAAGUAAAAGCAGAAUGGACAGUUUGGUCUGAUUAUGUCUGUAAGAGAAUGAAGAACAUUUUCAAACUUUUAUAUUCAAGUGAUUGGAUGGUAACUGUGAUGAAUAUAACUCGAAUUAAAUCAUAUGCCCCUCACAUAGAUCAUCUUGUUGUGGAUAUUUGUUGUAAGCCAUCUGAAAAUGGUAAAGAUCUGAGGAACAACAUAAAUAUUUAAAAUAUGAUCUUUUUGUUUUAUUUCCCAUUAUAUGAUUUAAAGAUUUUAUUACAACAAGUACUGAGCGCUCUUUCAGCAAAUUAAAAUUAAUAAAAAAUUAUCUUCUGUCAAGCAUGUGUUCAGAACACUUAAAUGCACUUGCUGUAUCAAGCAUCGAAAAAAGAAAUUGCAAAAAAUUGUCAUUUUUCUGAAGUAAUUUAUGUAUUUGUCAAAAAAAAAAUCACGCAUUAAAUGAAUAUG